ACAGAUUAAAACAUACGAUAGUCAGCGUUUGCAAAUACAUUGCAGAGAAAAUCAAAAUAACUGAAUCAUCUGUAGCGAAAUAAAGUAAAAGAAUACACGAAAAGAUUAACACGAACACAUAUUCACCGAAGGAAUAAGAAGGAAAACGAGUGACAGUGAUCGAAGUGACCAUUAUUUUAUCCUUUUUCUAUUUUCCCUUUCCUUGAACAACUGUGGAAUUGAGAAUGACUGGCGUUACUCCCGGAGCCAAAGAUCCAGGCAGGGUAGAUGAGAAGCACUCCCCUCUGCGCCACCGUCAGGAAGGACAAAGACUCCACGCCGAUCUCGCCAAGGCCUCGUCCUAGGAACCCCGUCCUUCAGGAUAAGACGCCAUGGGUUCCUUACAUAUCCUUUUCGCUACCAAGUUCCUCGUCUUGGUGAUUCUGCUCGUUUUCUCGCUAACCGGCAGCGAGAGCGUGAAAGUCCUCGACAUUGAAGUCCCUCAGCAGGUCAGGUCAGGCGAAACAGUUGACCUGAGAUGCCACUAUGACCUGGAGGGAGCGAGUCUGUACUCCCUCAAUUGGUGGCGAGGGACGGAGCAGUUCUACCAGUUCAGCCCAAACAGCCCAGAGCAGACGACGGUCUACGCCUCUCGUGGGAUCACUGUUGAUCGUCAGAGAUCAGGCCAAGACGUCGUGGUUCUGGUAAACGUGUCUCGCGCCUCAGCAGGAAGGUACAAGUGUGAGGUCUUGGCAGAUCACCCGAGUUUUGAAAAGGAUUCCGAAAUCGCCAAUAUGGAUGUUAUAGAUGUACCUACGGAUUCCCCGUCGGUGGUCCUGCGUCGCCACCAGUGGUCUCCUGGCGAAAUCUUGGAGGCCAAUUGCACCUCCCCGGGGGCGCGACCUCCUCCUGAGCUUCACUGGUAUAUCAACGGUGACAAGAUCCAACCCCAGCUGUCCCGCCUCCUCACAGCCGAGCCCAGGACCCAAAGGGGCAUGAGACCCAGGGGAUACAUCAGCGCCCAAGACAUGGUAGGCGUGGGUAUCGUGGGCGGCGUGGGCGGUGAUAUCAUGGGCGGCUCGGAGGACGACCACGACGAGAGCCUGUUUCAAGUUGUACCUCGAACUUCGGCGUUGAAAAUGAAGCUGCAGUCCGCCCAUUUCAACGUCGAUGGCCAAGCUUCUCUUACCUGUGUCGUCACGCUGCCCGGUCUGUAUCACAGGUCCGCCGAGGUCCCCCUCACCCUCCCGGGCUUCCGUGCCGCAGCCCCGUCACAGAAGCUAUACGGCGGCGCCCUUCGGCAUGGGGGAACUGCCCUGACGGUGCUCCUCAGCCUGACAGCCCUGAAGGUCCUCGCCUUGUAGUGGCCGCGAAGGGAAG